GCUAAUAUGGGAACCGCUGCGUCAACAGAGGAGAAGACGGUGACACGCAUCACGGAGCGGCGGGGAGAAAAGUUCCCCUCUGAUGCGUUAUCCCGCCUGUUGCGGUGGGGACGAAGAAGGGGACUUUCCGUUAAAACUGUUUGGGAGCGGCUGGGCUGUGAGCUUUGGAAAUCGGUGACUCAGGGCGAUGAGGAGGCUUUCUCCCUGAGUCCAGUAUGGCUCACCGCGCAGAGAAGACUGGAGGAGUUUGAGGCCAAAAAUGAUACGAUCCAAUAUUUGCAGAAUGAGAAGAUUGUCUUAGAGGUAGCUCUGCAGGCAGCAAAAGCAAGCAAAGAAGAACUUGAUGAAGGAGUAAACUUCUUAGGUGAAAGUACUGAGGCAGCAUCAGAAAUCUUGGCACAAUUGAGCCAGGUGGAAAAUCUGCAACAGGAAAAUGCCAGCCUGAAGAAACAGACCCAAAAAGUAAAGGAGCAGUUCCUACAGCAAAAGGUAAUGGUGGAAGCUUAUCGAAGAGAUGCAAGUUCACAGGACCAGCUGAUUAGUGAAUUGAAAUCUACAAAGAAGCGGCUGGAUUUGGAAGUGAAAGAACUAAAACGGGAGCUACUGAAACUUCAAAGUGAAAAGCAGUCCAUUGAUGUUGAAUGCUCAAGACUUCAGAAGGAAGUAUCCCAGGUUCACCAGCAGAUGGUGGAGUUAGAAAGCCACCUCCAGUCAGUACAAAAAGAACGGGAUGACAUGGAGAUACAGCUACAGUCUUUGCAGAUUGAUAAAGAACAAAUAACAUCUCUUGCUGAGGUGAAUGAGGUAUUAAAACUACAGGUAGAACACAUGCAAGAGGAAGCCAAAAAGGCCAUCACUGAACAGAAACAAAAAAUGAAGCGUCUGGGGUUAGAUCUGACCAGUGCACAGAAAGAAAUGAAGGCAAAACAUAAAGCCUAUGAGAAUGCAGUUGGCAUUCUUAGCCGCCGGCUGCAGGAAGCCCUCACUGCAAAGGAAUCUUCUGAACUAGAGCUGAGCAAACUAAAAGCACAAAUCGCUGAUGGAGGAAAUAACCAGGCUUCCCAUGAAAGGAUUCAAGCUUUGGAGAUAGAGCUGCAGGCUGUUAGCCACAGUAAGAUGAUGUCGGAGAAAGAGCUGCAAGAAGUAAUUUCACUCACCAGCCAGGAGCUUCAAGAAUCUAGAGGUUUCAGGAGGAAGAUAAAACGUUUGGAAGACAUAAACAAGAAGUUGGCCCUCGAACUGGAACAUGAACGGGGGAAGCUCACUGGUCUUGGUCAGUCUAACACUGUUUUGCGAGAGUACAGCAACACCCCCGAAACAGUACUAGCAGAAAGAGAGGCAGACCUGGUGCAGCUGAAUCUCCGGGUUCAAGCAGUCCUAAAUAUUCAAGCUUUACAGACUGCCUUAGAAAGAGAAAAGUCAAAAGUUAAUAACCUUAAAAAGCAGGUUGCGGCAGCCAAAGUAGAUGCAGCACAUAACCAUCGUCAUUAUAGAACUGCUGUUCUUGAGCUAAGUGAAAUUAAGAAGGAGCUACAAGCCAAAGAACUGCUUGUCCAAACCCUUCAGGUUGAAGCAGACAAACUACAAACUAUUAUUGAACGUGCUCACGCCUCUUUUAAGGCGCUCCUCUUAAAACAGAAAGGGGGGAUUUGCAGUGAGCGGGCAGACGCCUUGGAUAAGACGCCUGCCGCUCGGUUGCUGAAAGCUCUUCAUGCGGAGGCUAUACCGUCGGAGUCCCAGAGCCACGCGCAGCCCGCCCCCCCCGAAGAGCAAGCAGCGGACCCCUCUUCGGAGGCGGUCGUCCAGGGGUUGUCCUCCUCGUCCUCGCCUGAUGAGGCUGUGGCCGGCGCGGCGACAAAGGAGCCUCCACCCAUCGAUGUGAAGGCUCACCAAGACCUCCUUUGCCGCGUGGCGACAGCUAUGGCCUUGCCGGUAGAGGAGGUACAGGAAGACGAGGACCCCAUUACGAACGUUGUUGGGGCGGAUAUGCUGGUGCGAGUUGCGCUGCCUUUUGUACGGACAGUGCAAAGGAAUGCCACCACUAUCUGGCAGACGCCUGCGUCCGUGCCUCCUACGGCCCGUGGUGUUGAACAAAAGUACUCUGUCCCUCCCACGGGCUAUGAAUAUUUGUACACACAUCCGACCCCGGACUCCCUGGUAGUCCAGUCGGUCAAUGACAGGGAACGCCACGGCCAACCUGCCCCGGCGCCCAAAUCAAAGGACGCGAGGCGUAUGGACCUGCUAGGCCGAAAGCGAGGCGAGUUUCUGAGCUUCGCGCUCUAA